GAGCAGAGCCCACAAAUGCACAAGGCUCUAAACUUACUGAGUUCUUACUUAGCGAUUCAGACAAUUCAGAUCUAAACAUUUUUAUUUACCAAAUAUUUACCAGUCAGAUGUACAAAAUUUAUAAUUUCAUAUAUACCAUCAUGACUAAAACUAAGUUCUGUACACAAAAAUUUCUGAGUCAAGCAUGGGUGACCAACGGCCUAGCUACAAAAAUCUAAGUCCAAAAGUGCUUAGCCGUCUAACUCAUCACUCCCCCAGGCUCCCCAUGCGUCAAGUCUCACUACCUGAAAUGGUGGACAAGGAAAACUAUGAGAUAAAAUAUCUCAAUAAGUAAAUGUAUGGAUAACCUGUGGGUAAAAUUUGAGCAUUUCAGAUAAACAGUUUAAACAUAAACAGAAUGUUCAAUGAUAAACCAUUAUGCAGAAUAAAGUUCAAUAGUAGUCAAUUAAACUUAUAGCAUGCCUGUAAUAUCCCAAAUUUUCGAGAAUAAAUAAGUGAGUUAAGGACUAAAUUGUGAGAAAAUAUUGUUUUGGGCUUAAUAGCCAACAUUCUGAAAGCUGAGGGACUUAAAAGUGGAAGAGUUUUGGAUAAGGAUGACUUCUUUUCUUUUUCUUUUUCUUUCUUUCUUUUCUUCCCAGCCUUCCCGAUUCUGCUCUUCUUCUUCUUGUCUUCCCGCUGCAGCCACCCAAAGAAAAAAAAAGGGGAACCCAACCAUGCCUUGGAAAAUUGGUAAGGAAGCUUGGUAUUUUCCACUUCCUUUCUUGUUCUAGAACCCAUAAAGAACCUAGAAAUUUCCCUCCCUCUCUGCAGAAACCGGAUCUGCUCUGCUUUGCUCUGUCCGCCGACUGCUCUUGUUGUGGGGGCGAAUUGCUUGGGUUUUGGGUAAGAAACAGCCAUUAAAUCCCUUUGCUUUUCCUUGAAUUGGCUUGGGUUAACUUUAAUUGCUCUUGUUCCUCCAAUUUUGGGUAGAUCCGUGAGUUUCUCCCUUGCACUGCCGCCGGCUUCUUCCCCCUGCUAGGUCCGAUUCUUGUUAGAAAAUUUUGGUAUGUGACAACCAUUUAAGCUUGAAAUUGUCCCUUUAUUGGCUGCCCCUGUGUGUCCGAAUUUUGCUAGAAAAAUGGGGAUGAAAUUGAUAGUAAUUAGACCAUGAUUUAGCUUGAUUCAAGUGGAAUUUAUAUGAUUGAGUGUUAAUGGACUGCUAUGUGAUUUUUGGAAAAAAUCUCGUGAGAUUAGCUAGUGUUUUGGCCAAUUUGUGAAAGUGGAAUUACUGUUCAUGGCACUGUUCAUAAGUACUGUUCAUGGGUACUGUUCACACCCCGAGGGCCAAUAAUUAACGGGGAUUUAAGUGAUUAGUUUGUGAUAUAAAAACGAAUUUGGAGAUAUUUGAUCAUGUGGAGAUUUAUGGAAAUAGCAUUGUGAUUAGGAAUGAUCCUAAUGAAGUGUUCAGUGUGAAUUUGUGAUAGUUUGGUAUUAAUUUUUGAAUAUUUGAUUAGGCUCCCGAUCGUUCUGUCAGUUAGUGCGUGAAUUGAGUGCUCGGUUUUAUGCGAGUGAGAUAAAUAAAUUAUGGUAACGCCC